AAGUGCAACUACUCGAAAUUCUGAGGACGGGCUGCGGCUCCGCUUCGAGCGGCAGUCGAGAAUCAGCGAGUGAUCGCGCUUGGACUUCAGUGUCGGAGCAACUGGUCCACGUCGUAAAAUCGCGACAAUAAAGCAUAUCAAAGGAAUGUAAUCUCCGUACGAAUGACCGAUCUUCUACCCGUCUACGACGCGCUUCAAUUCAGCAGACACUUUAUUGUCCACGUGACCACGGGACCGAGCGCGUAUCGGCAGCUGUUGAAAAACAUCUGAGGAGGCCGAAGAGCAGGCUUCUGUAAUCGAUGGGUUGAGAACGCGAAAUUCGUGCUUUUCAGCUUUCUUCUUUUCUCUUAACCAAGGUGUAUUGCUUACCGAUGAGCCAUGCUGAAGGUAGUAGGAGCCUCUUGGCUGCAAACACGCAUUUCGACUUACAUACUACUCGCCGUAGCUUUGCUAGGAAUUGGAGCGAUAAUCCUCGGCGAAUUUGGACAUGUUGAACAAGAUGGAACGUAUGCAGCAACUGUAACAUGGAACCGCAAAGGAGGAUACCGUAUUGACUUUUGGGGCCAAGGCAAUGAUUUAACCGCCGUUCCAUUGCACGCGGCUCGAGCCUACUAUAAAACCGGAAUUUUCGAACAUGGAUGGUCUUAUAUUGAAAUCGAAACAUCAUCAAAGUACCCAGACACGGUACAAGCAUACGCAGCAGGACUUUUAGAAGGUAGUCUGACCUGGCAAUUAAUUCAUCAUCAUUGGUACAACACUAUAAGACCAGCAUGCGAGAAGAAACCUGUCGAGUGUCAAAAGUUGACACGGUAUCUUCGGGAUAAUACUGCUAUAAUCCGUGAACGCGCCGAACUUAUGGAAUCCACCGAUCCUUUUUGGCAUAUGGUACGAUUAUUUUACACUCAAUUGGAUGGCAUGGAAGCAGGCUGGAAAUUCGCUGUCCGUCGAAGCCGUGUGUCGGUGUCGCUCGAAUCAGAAGAUUUCUUAUGGCUCGCAUUAGCUUCCGAUUUAUCUAGUUUCCAACAAGUGUUUAAUAUUUCCAGUCUACCUACGAGUUCCACAAUCUUUUUUAAAUCGUUUCCAAAAGAACAUUCGGAACCUUUGAUUGCGGUGGGUCAUAACACUGCAGCACCGUACACUGAAAUGUUGAGGCUUUUAAAAAGAUACACGUUUGGCUAUCAUGUACUACCAGCAACAAAAACUUCUGCACUAAUUCCCAGUCGGUCAAUAGUAAUGUCUUCAUAUCCGGGUGCAUUAUCAUCCAAAGAUGAAUUUUAUUUAAUGCAGGGGGAAAAUCGUGAACUGGUUGUUACUGGAACAUCUUUACUCGCAACGAAUCAGAGUGAAUGGAGUUUCUUACACCCUAAAGAUCAUGUAAUGCUAACUGUGAAAUUAAUGACGGCAAAUAGAUUAGCGACGAGCAGUCAAUCUUGGUUUACCAGUAUGUCUCAGCAGAAUGGGGGUGCUUCUGCAUUACAAUGGAUCAUUUUCGAGCCACGUUCAACGACAAUAUUAUUAGUAGAACAAUUACCAACGAUGACUCUAGCCAUGAAUUACACAGAGGAGUUCAAGAAAACAGGCUUCAUAAUCUGUGGUGGGGUAUCAUAUUUUCAAAGCAUCAACGACACCGUACGACCUGUCAAAAAGGAUCUAAACGCUUGGAUGAUACGUUUAGCGCGUUUACAAGAAAAUAUAACAACGUUAGAGCAAUUUCAAAACCUGAUGCGUGGGUGCAGCCAAGAAGAUUGCACUGCCAAGGAGAAUCAUUUGAAAAUAGAUCCGUUGCAGGAAUUAACUUACCGCGGCGAUUUAGAAGACGUCCCUUUACCAUACGGUGUUAUAGAUAGCAAAAUUUUGGUCGUCGAUGUGGACGGCUUGGAAAAUUUUGAAGCCAUUUCGGGACCAGCUACAUCACAAUCGCGUACACCUUUUAAAUGGUCGAAAAGCUUUCCUAACGUAUCGCAUAUAGGACAUCCAGAUACUUUCAAUUUUGAAAGUACUAUCCCUAGGUGGAUCUGGAUUUAAUUAAUAUUAUUAGUAUAUUUAAAAUUUUUUAGGAGCUUUUAAGGGAUAGAAAUUUUAACAUUCAAUCAAUUCCUCGCAGCUGGAUUUUACUGUUUUUAGACGAAAAUUUGUAAUAAUGUUAUUUAAAUUCUAUUCUUUUAUUCGUUAGCUGGCUCAUAUGUUAGCCACCUAUGGUAAGAUUUUAUAAAAUAAAGUAAAAACGUAAA